UCAGGGUGCAUGGCCCAGCCCUCCCCGCCGCUUUGCCAGCUACAGAUGAUCCCUGAGAAAACGGCUGUGCUGUUUGCUGAAGUUGUGUGUGUGUGUGUGUUUUGGGGGCUGGGGAAGGGCGGAGAAUCCUUUACCCAUCUCUUACCAAUUUCUUUCUCGUUGUUUCCUCCCUCCCGCAGCUGGUUCUCCUGGCAGCCUUGACUUGCAGCCGCGCCGCAGCCAUGGCAUCUGUGCCCUCGGCCGGCUGCCUCGCGGCCAAAAACCAGUACUACAGAACUCGGCUGAAUUCGGAAUCCAGUGUUUCAUCAAGCAGUUCUUCCUGUUGUUCUGACCCUGUGAACUUCUCAGACCAAGAUAAAGUUCUUCAUGGAUUACCUGAAUUAUUUGAUAAAUGUUGGUGGAUAAAAAACUUCUUCCACUGUGAGCCAACUCCUCCAGAUGUGGGCAGAAAAACAUUAUCAGCCAGCAGUGCUAACAGUUGAUUGUGACUGCAAGCUGACUUUACCUGCAGUGAUAUUGCAUA